UUUAAAUAAGAGCUGAUGUACUUAUAUGUUGUCAGAACAAAGCCAUCCCCAUCUGAAGGAGUCAAAUCCAAUCCAUCCAAGAGACACAGAGAUAGAUUGAAUGCAGAGUUAGAUCGCUUGGCUAGCCUCUUGCCUUUCCCACAAGAUGUUAUCACCAAACUGGAUAAACUCUCUGUGCUUAGGCUUAGCGUGAGUUACCUGAGAGCCAAAAGUUUCUUUGAUGUUGCAUUAAAAUCUUCCAACUAUACAAGACCUGAGAUAAAUGGCAUUCAGGACAACUGCAGAGCAAGUAAGCCUGGAGAAGGCAUACAUCUGCUAGAAGGAGAACUUUUGUUACAGGCAUUAAAUGGCUUUGUACUGGUUGUUACAGCAGAUGCUCUAGUCUUUUAUGCCUCUUCAACCAUCCAGGACUAUUUGGGGUUCCAGCAAUCUGAUAUUAUACACCAGAGUGUAUUUGAAUUGAUUCAUACAGAAGAUAGACCUGAGUUUCAGCGUCAGCUUCAUUGGGCAUUAAACCCUACAGAUUCUGGACAGAGAAUACAAGGAGAUAAUGGCUUUUCACAGCCAGCAACCUAUUAUAACCCAGAACAGCUUCCUCCAGAGAAUUCUUCCUUUAUGGAGAGAAAUUUUAUCUGUAGAUUAAGAUGCCUCCUGGAUAAUUCAUCUGGGUUCUUGGCCAUGAAUUUUCAAGGGCGAUUAAAGUUUCUUCAUGGACAGAACAAGAAAGGGAAGGAUGGCUCUCCUGUCUCUCCUCAGCUGGCUCUAUUUACAGUGGCUACCCCUUUGCAGCCUCCUUCAAUCCUUGAGAUACGAACCAAAAACUUCAUUUUCAGAACUAAGCACAAGCUGGACUUCACACCUGUAGGAUGUGAUGCAAAAGGAAAGAUUGUACUGGGAUACACUGAAACAGAGCUGCGUAUGAGAGGAACAGGAUAUCAGUUUAUUCAUGCAGCUGACAUGCUUUAUUGUGCUGAAAAUCAUGUCCGAAUGAUAAAGACUGGAGAGAGUGGCAUGACUGUGUUUAGACUUCUUACCAAAGAAAAUCGCUGGGCCUGGCUUCAAGCAAAUGCACGCCUGAUCUACAAAAAUGGAAGACCUGAUUUUAUCAUUGCAACACAGAGACCUCUUACAGAUGAAGAAGGGUCAGAGCAUUUACGAAAGCGAAACAUGUCGGUGCCUUUUAUGUUUGCGACUGGUGAGGCUGUGUUGUAUGAGGCAGCCUUCCCUUUGCCUGGCCUAAUGAAUCCCUCACAGCUGAAGGUUGAAAGUGUUGCCGUGAAAGGAUCUGCUCCCAAAGCUACACUACAGAAAGAAUCUGUUCAUCCAAACUCAAUUCUGGGUGUCAUGUUAAGUCAAGAUGAGUCUGUAUAUCUCUGCCCUCCCGCUUCACAAAAACUUUCCUUUGACAGAAACUUCUUUACAGACACCAGUGAUGAACUGGGCAAUGUUAUUGCCAGUGACUGGCAGGAUAAUCUCUUACCAACUGGAAAUAACAUUCUGAAACACGAGCAAACCGACUGUCCCCAGGACAGUAACGUAAUGCUUACUGAAGACAAUGCAGGGCUCUUUCAAGAUAACAAAAACAGUGACUUGUACAACUUCAUGAGAAAUCUGGGUAUUGACUUAGAGUUUUUUAAAACUGAAUUUUCUUGUGUGGAUGAUAUUGGAGACAUCGACAUAACUGAUGAAAUCCUGACCUAUGUUCAGGAUUCCCUAAAUAAUAAGCCUGACUUCUUGUAUUCAGCUUGUCAUCGGCAACAGUCAAUAGUUCAGGACUCUAGCUGUUUGGUACAGCAACAUUUGGGUCAGCAGCAACUUAAUCAGCACCAAAAACAAGUGGUUGAGCAGCAUCAGCAGCAGUUAUGUCAGAAGAUGAAGCAUAUGCAAGUCAAUGGGAUGUUCACAAAUUGGAACCCUAGUAGUAGUGUGUCUUUUAGCUGUUCACAGCAAAAGCCAGUGCAAUAUGUUUUUUCUGAUAUGCCUGGCACUACUCAAGAGCUCCCUUACAAAUCAGAAGUCAACCCUGUACCUUAUGCAUGUAGACAAGAGUUUAUUCCUUACAAACAGCCCACAAGGCUGGAGCCACAGCUUUCUAAUUUUACCCAAAUAGAUUUCCCCAUAGGACAUUUUGACAGAUCAACCUAUCCUGGUUCUUCAAGGUUGGAGGAUUUUCUCAGUUCACAACAAGAGAAUCAAGUGUGUGGAAUCAAUUCUCAGUCAGUUAUGAUAACUCCUCAAACAUGCUAUGCAGGGGCUGUUUCUAUGUAUCAAUGUGUUCCAGAAACGCAACCGAACUCUAUGGAUCAAAUGCAAUAUAAUUCUAUGAUGGAGGGUCAACAACUGUUGUUAAAUAAGUUCCAAAAUGGUUUCAGUGGAAUAAACGUAAAUGAAGCAUAUCCCUCUCAGUUAGAUGUCAUCAGUAACACACAGACUGCCACAAACCUUCAACCUCUUCAUCAUCCAACAGAAUCCCGACCUUUCUCAGAUUUGGCAUCCGGUGGAUUUAUGUAAUUCACAGCCAAUAUCCCAUCUGUGGUUUUUGAUGGAUGUCACUUUGGCCUGUGAAGGAGAAUUUGAUAAGGCUAUGAACGCUAGGACUUAAAGGCCUAAAUACAUUUUAAGAAGUUGAGGCAGGUUGCACUAUAUACCAAUAUGACAUGUAAUCCAAUACCUGACUUUUGAGGUGGGACUAGAAAGUAUACUUUGACUAAAAGUGUGCAUGCGCUGUUGACAGUCAGAUUGAAAAUGUGUUGUUGCUGCAAUUGGGAUUAUGUACUACAUACAUCACAUUGUAGAACAUAAGAUAAGGCAAAUGAUUUUAUUAAUUUAGAAAAUAAAUGGGCACUUUGACAACCUUACUUGUAAUGGCACAGAGGAAGAUGUUUUCAUGCUUGGUUUAUUUUCACAUUUUAUUUUUAACAAAUUAAAAUGUAAAAAGGAUUAUCUUAAUUUAAGAGCAUCAAAAGCACUUGAUUUUACUGCAUACUUGGUUCUUUCCUUCAAUUACUUAUUAUUUUAGCUCCUUUUCGGUUUAGAUUUCCAAUUCUAGCACUUUAAUAGAUGGAUUAAAACAAGAUUUGAUACACAAUUUUAGGUUUUAUAUAAACAAAUGCAUUGUGUUCCUUUUACUGUCAAUCUUAAGUGCCUCACAAUUUAGCUACCUUAUUUCAGAAAGGAAGCUUGUUUUGGAAAACAUUCUCCAGAAAUUAGUCAUCAAUAUUGUUUGAAUUAUUAACAUAUAUGGUCCUAUUGGUUUUCUCCUAUACAUUUUUAGCAGUUUUGUCUUAAUUCUGAGUCUGCUUAGUUGCAACACUUAUCUGAAAAUGUAAAUGUUUUAAAUUUAGUUCAAGUAAUGAUUUUGUUAUUCUGUUCUACAGUUCUGAUUUCUUCAGGUUAAACAGGGUAAAAACAAAAUUAUAUUUUGCAGGGAGAGGUUGAUUCCUCAAGAUUAGUUUUAGAUUUUCAGUGCUAAAAAACAUGUGCCUUAUCUUGUGUUAAAACACUUGUAAAGUUCUUUAGAAUUAAAAGUACAAGGCUAUUCUAUGCAAAAAUUUUCACCAAUAUGGAUAUUGAAAAGGAUUAACUUUUAAAAUUAUUGGGGAAGAGUUCUCUCAAUAGUACAUAAUAUUGAGGUUUACUUUUUAUAAAAAUUGCUUUGCUGAUAGUCAAAGUUUGGUUGUAGUUUUUAACAUUGCAGUGGGGGGAGGGCGGGUUAAAUAUUAUUCCUGAUAAAUUGCACUCUAAAGGAAAAUAAUCUAUCUUUUUAUGUUUGUGAACCCACUUGAAAAAAAUCUAUGUGCAAAAUAUUGAAAAAAGGAGUUCAGUUUCAGAGAGAUUAUCCUGGAUAAGGAUUUUUGUAUUUUUUUUUUCACAAAAGCUAAAAAUAUUGCUUUGGUUUGGUUUGGUUUUUUUAUUCGAGAGGAUUGUUAGCAUUGUAGACACCAGUGUUUGGUCACAAAUAGCAUAAUUUAGAAAUACAAAAACAUAUAUGUUCAAAUGAUUGCAUACUUUUGUGUGCUGUAUAGUUCAUAUGUAAUAAAAUGUCUUUGUAAAAUAUUUUAAACCAGUUAAUUUUAAUGUUACAACAUAUAUAUAAAGAAGAAAUGUUUACAUUUGUUAUGUGUAAUAUAAAUUACAAGUGUAGACAGUUUGUUUAAAACGAAAAAAAUAAACCACCUUCUACCUAGCUGGUGUUCAUAUUGUUUAAUCCAAGGACAAUUGGAGGAGUUUUUUUUAACUUGAGAAGAAAGAACUUUACAAAAUCAUUGAAAAUGUGAUGGAGGUUUCAUUCCACCAUUUGUGCAAUCUGCACCAAAAUAACUACAAAGCUAAAUACUGUGCUUUAGAUUUUUCACCCCAAUUCUUUGAUUUCCUCUUUGAAAUACACUCUGAAUUAUUAAAAACUAUUUCCUUCUAUAGUGUAAUAUGAUCUGCUGGAUACAGUAUCACAGUCAGUUGUGGAAUUUCAGAUGCAUGACUUUACCAGUUCAUUUAAAUGAAGAUACCAAGGGAGAAAUGCAUGUCAGGGAAAUAACUUAAAAUUAAUAAUACUAUGAAUUUUUCAGAAAAAGCCCUAAAAAGAAAUUGUUGUUUGGGACAUGAAAUUAGAUUCUUAAAUGUUUCACACUGAAAACAAAAAGUGUUAAUUUAAUAGCUUCAGGGGGUAGCUGAGUUAGUCUGUACAGGAUAAACUUAAAAAACAGCAAAUGGUCUAGUAGCAGUUUAGAGACUAAUAAAACAUGUAGAUGGUAUCAUGAGCUUUUGUGGGCACAGCCCAUUUCUUCAGAUGAUCAGACCAUUUGUUGUUUAAUUUAAUAGCAUCUAGAUUCAUUUCACAUUUUAACAUUUAGUAUUUUAAGAUAAGUUUUAACCAAUUUUUAGAACAUCUUGCAUUUCCAGUUAGUAUAUCACUUUUAAGAGUGUGAAUUUGACAAUCUGUUAUAUAAAUACUGUAUAACUGAAAGAUUCAAAGGGAUAAUGUACAUUUUUACAUAAGUAUAAAUAAAAAUGUGUAUGUUCAGUCUAGCUAAACCAAAAACAUGACCUACCACUAAGUGCCAGUGAAGCAGCAGUGCAAGUGUACUGCCUUAUUACACGCAUUAGUUUUGUUAUAUAUAUAAUAUCAAUUUAUUUUCUAUAGCUAUGUCUACAACAAAACUGUGAUUAUUACUGGAUGUUUGUGAGCUAUUAAUCUACACCAAAUUACAUCAAAAGUGCACAGGACUUUUUGAAAUUCUUUGUAAGCCUUCCAGUUCUGUUAUGAGUAAGAUAUAGCCCAUUGUUAAUCAGUAUUACUAUCCAAUUUUUGUACCAGUUUUCUUGGCUUGUUUUGCUUUAAGUUCCUAUUUCUGAUUUGCUAUGCCUGCACAUGUUAUGCAAUACAUUUCUUGGGUUAGGGUAUGUUUUUUGUAAUGUUCUUACUGACCUUCAGUAAAGUUUGUAAACAUAAUAUAUGGUAAUAAAAUAAUUUGAAUGUA